AUGGGAGUGGAUGGAGAUGCUGUCACAGGUAGCGGCGACUUCAACUGGACAGAUAAGUGUGAAGUAUUGUUGGGUCAAGUUCCUCACAUGAGGGGUGGAAGGAUCAAACUUGAAUGGUUGAGAAACAAUUUUAUGAAUGUUCCGAUCGAUGCGACCGAGGAGAUCGUCAAGAUGUAUGCCCGUGCAUACAUACUUCACAUGAUCGGUACUAUUCUAUUCCCGGAUUCCACGAAGGAUUCGGUGCACGUGAGGUGGUUGCCACUCCUGGAGGAUCUUGUGGAUUGUGGGGGAUUGUCAUGGGGGAGUGCCGUGUUAGCGUAUCUGUAUAGGGAGAUGACCAAAGUGGCUCUUGUUCAAAACAAAGAAUUCAAGGGUUGUCUCACUCUGCUACAGAUAUGGUCUUGGGAGAGAUUGCAUUUGGGUUGCCCAGAUUUGAGAGAGGCACGUGCUCUCGAUGGCAAUAUUCCGUUAGGCUGCAGAUGGAAUGUAUCUAGAUCAUGGCAUACCUCACCAAAGGGCCAUGAAAACUUCUAUAGGAACGAACUCGAUCAAAUGGAGGACGAACAUGUCAAGUGGAUGCCAUAUGAACAAGUUUUAGAGUCACUACCAGAUAUAUGCACAGAAGAGCCGGAUGUGUGGCGUGCUCGCGUCCCGAUCAUAUGUUUUGAGAUUGUCGAGAUGCACGUGCCCGACCGUGUGCUACGACAAUUUGGGCUACGACAACAUAUCCCGGUCCCUGUGGAGGUAAUAGAGAGAAAUCCCAGAAAAGGUGCACAUCGUCAAGAUUGGGAACAUAUUCACAGUGCUUACAUCGGGAGGUGGGAUAACAGGGAAGAACAGUUGGUGAUGGAGAGGGUUGACGCACCUGACCUAGGUGUGUAUUUGCGGUGGUAUUGGGGGAUUACUCGCCGGUGGAUAUUUCAGGAGAACAAAGCUCCUAAGGAAUACAUACCAAGAGGCCCAGUUGAGAGAGAGUUGGUACAAGAGCUCGAAGAACUUUCUACUAUGGCGCAUGAUGCAAUCCGAACAACUACCGAGCCAGGGCCGAGGAACACGUUCCUUCGCAUGAUCAAAAAGAUUCGGUCCGCUCUUCAAAGGACGCGUAAUGCAAGACGAGAUGAACGUGAGGAGCGAGACCAAUUGAGUACGAUCGUCGUCGAUUCCGAGGACACAGGGGCAGGCUCAAGCGGUGCACAUGAUGAAGCUGGGGCUCACAACAGGCUCAAGCCGGAUGUUCACACGCCGUCCCGAGAAAACCCUAGGCCUCCAACCUCCGGCCUCAUUCUCGAUCGGUUCAAGGCUUUGGUUAGGGACGGCGAAGAGGUCGUUCAAGCGUACGAGGAGCUGCUUUCGGAGUUGACGUUUAAUUCGAAGCCGAUUAUAACGGAGCUCACGAUUAUUGCAGGGGAGCAGAGGGAGUUUGGGGAGGGGAUCGCUGAUGCUAUUUUUGGGAGGAUUCUUGAGGUGCCAGUAGAUCAGAAACUGCCUUCACUGUACCUUUUGGAUAGUAUAGUGAAGAACAUUGGUCGUGAAUAUGUGAGGUAUUUUGCAACUCAGCUUCCCAAGGUGUUCUGUGAGGCAUACAAUCAAGUCCAUUCUAACAUGCAUCCAGCAAUGCGGCACCUAUUUGGGACAUGGUCUCAAGUCUUCCCCUCUUCAGUGCUUCGCAAGAUUGAAAACAAGCUGCAAUUUUCUACAAAUGAAAGCCAGAGAUCAGUUGGCCAAACAAAUAUAAGAAAUUCUGAAUCUCCAUCUCCUCGACCUUCUCAUGGUAUUCAUGUCAAUCCAAAAUACUUGGAGGCACAACGGCAACUUCAACAUUCUGCUAGCGUUGGUGUAAUGACACUCAAAAGAAUGUGUGUGCAGCUGAUUUUGAAGUUGAUAGAGUUGGAGGUCUUGCUGCAGAAAGCCCUAAAGGAUGGUCUGGAGCUUCUUCAAAAUUUCAUGAAGCUCUACGUGCGUGGUAAUUCUUCAAGCUUACAUAGCUACGGUCGUGAUGAUUAUGAUUUCAAUAACCCAGAAAUGCUAUCUGUACAUCUUGUGAGGUCAAAAGCAGGCUCACUGAAAUCCGCAGCUUUGCGUACAUCAAAAAUGUAUGACGAUCAUAUAAAUGCCAAGGUCCCAAAGACUUUAUCUCCUUCUAGAGUAAUGUCGAGAAGGUCAGCAUCACCAAAUGAUGACAGGCUCUCAAGGGAUGGGUCUCCUUGGGCUGCUGCUGAAAGGGCAACUCAACCUCAUUCCAGGCUUGGGUUUGGACCUGGCAGAGCAGUUGAUCAAAAUGGCCGGUUAGAAGGAAGGUGGCUAGCCAAUGUUGGUGCCCCUCAACUGGAAGCUUCAGCAACAUAUGACCCUAAUGCUGGAUACAUCAAGAAGCACCCAAGAGAAUUAAUUAAUGCUUAUGGUAAUCCCAGCGGAAAAGACACUUCCCUUGAGAAUAUCUCUAAGAUACAGCGAAGCAAUGUAAAUGGAAUUAGUAGGGAGGUUGCAACUAAAAAUUGGCGAAGUUUCGAGGAAGACGAGUAUGUCUGGGAGGAUAUGAGUCCGACAUUAUUAGCUAAUCACAGAAGGAACAACUUACCGCAAUUGGGACCUAGCUCUGGAAGCCUAAACCGAAGAAUUGGUUUAAGUAGACCUGACGUCAGUAUUCUUGAACCUGAUUUUAGAGCAAACAAUUGGUGUGACCAAACUACGCAGAAUCCUGUUGAUGACCCAGCCAUAGUUGUCAAUGAUAGAAUUCCUGUUCUAAGAUCUGGUCAUGGAUCCAUGCCUAUGAAAUCUUCAGACAGUAGAGAAGCUCAAAACGAACAAUUUCGCCCCUAUCACAGUUCUUCCUAUGUUCACGAACCUGGGAAAUUUCCAUACAGUUUUCAGCAUGCUUCAGGAGAACUUAGCUCAAAGUCACGGGGAUGGGAACCUCGAAUCCCUCUCCCUAUAGAUCGUAUUGCAGCAGACAAUGGUCAGAAACUGCCUAUUCCUUAUGAUAGUCCUCCAGAGGUUGAAGUGCCACAUCAGAAGUUAUCAAAUGUUCACUCCAGCUCAUUGAAUACAGAGGCAUCAAUGCUAGAAAAACGCUUGGAGUUGAGGCCAUUCUCACCCCCUACUGCCCCUGUUCUAUGGCCUCCUGUUCAUAAAUCUCAGCCACUGCCCUUGUUUCCUGUUCCUCCUUAUCAAAAACAGUUUGAAAAUACAUCCAGUCUUAUGGAAUCUAGUAAGCCAAUUAACCAAGGACUUAACCCCGCUAUAUUUGUACCUCACCAAUUUGAGUCUUCUGAUAGGAGAACUGCAGAACCAAGCAGGGUGUUUACCUUGCCUCAUCAACAGUCUGGAUUAAUGCAUACGAAUCAUCAAAGAGAUCAGGGUAAUGACAUGAGAAAUCAGUCUCAGGAGGUUCGUGGAGGAUAUAUUCCAUCUGCAUCAGUUCAUCUUUCCUCUCAUUUAAUGGCUCCGUCCCUAAAUCACAUGCAAAUUCAGGGGCAUGGAGUUCCCAUAAGUUCUUUGCCUAAUAAAAUAUCUCCAAUGGAUAGUUCUGGAGGAAUGCCCAAUAUGCCUGGUUCCUCUUCACUUGUACAAGGUGGAAUUGUACCACCCCUACCGCCAGGUCCACCUCCGGGAUCAUCCCAUGUGGGUCCACAAUCUCAAAGUACUGGCUCUAUAAUGUCUGCCUCUCCUGCGAUUGCUGGCCUGUUUAGUACUCUAAUGGCUCAAGGUUUAAUCUCAUUGACGCCUCCAGCUCAAACGCAGGGCACAGUGGGGCUUGAAUUCAACGCAGAGCUUCUUAAGGUGCGACACGAGUCUGCAAUAAACGCUUUAUAUACAAAUCUUCCAAGACAAUGCACUACAUGUGGUCUCCGUUUCAAGUGCCAAGAAGAGCAUAGCACUCACAUGGAUUGGCAUGUAACUAAGAAUCGAAUAUCUAGAAACCGCAAACAAAAGCCUUCUCGCAAAUGGUUUGUUAAUACGAAGGAGUGGCUGAGUGGUGCUGAGACUGUUGGAACUGAUGUUGUACCUUUUAUGCCAAUUGAAACAGUCGCAGAGAAGAAGGAAGACACGCUAUGUGGUGAGCCCUUUGAGGAUUUUUAUAGUGAUGAAGCUGAAGAGUGGAUGUACAAAGGGACAGUGUACAUGAACUUUCCAGACGGAAAAAUCGAUGGUUUAGAUAGAUCUCAGUUGGGCCCCAUUGUGCAUGCAAAAUGCAGAUCCGAGUCAAAUGAAGGUUCUUGAUGAAUUUUCUUGGGAAAUUGAUGAGAAAUAUGUUGGAUAGAGGGCACCGCGGCUUUAGUUCAAAUUAGUCUGUAUAUUACUUGGAGAAAUUGUGAGCCCUGUAUGGUAAUCGUCGGUUGUAUGGUAAUGAUUGGUAAUCUCUCAUACUCCCCCUAUUGAUCAAGCCUGUGCAGAAGAAGGCAUCAUGUUCAAUAUUGUACAUAUUAAGUUAGAUUAUUUAACUGAUUCGAAAAGUAAACCCUUUACAAUGGGGGGCUAGAGAAAAGGAUAUACGUGUUCUCUCGCUUAUUUGAAUAUCCACCCUUAUCAUUUCAGGGUUUCAUGUAGGUUUUCCUCUUUCUUUUUUUGUUCCCUUUUUUCUCUCUCUCGCGCUGCUGCUUCUCUUUGAGAACUUAAUGCAGGUAAUGUUGAGCAAUUUCUGGAGCAGGUAACUAUUGGGAAUUUUCUAGCAGAUCCCAGCAACCUACCUGGAUGAGCCGUACUUCAGUAUCUUUAGUUGGAUGGCUUCAAUUUUUGCUUAUCUGUUUUAUGUUCAACAAAGAUCAGAAAAUUAAACUGUUUUGAGUUCGUCGAGGUUUGUGAACCUUCUCCUUUUUAAGAAAUCACAACAUCUUUUUGUCAAGCUGUUCUUGUAAGCUGGAUAUAACAUGAGUUGUUCUGAUCCUUAUGGAUUUAUUUCUUCCUUC